CACUGGGAGUGUCUGAGCAACUCGUUGGACGUGAAUCUAACCCGCAUUCAAUGAAGCCAAAAAGAGCAUCUGCAGGAACAAUGAACCGGCGCCCGGUGGAUUUUGCGAAGGAAACCAUUUAGUGAAACGGACAUGAACUGGAUGUAUGAGGAAUGUCGUGUUAAGGAUGUACAGGAGCAGUGGUUUACUGGACAGCUGUGCUGCUUCAACCACAGAGGUUACAGCAGAUAGUCUUCACAUUCAGUGCUUUGACUUUACCUGGAGACAUUGGUAGUAAAAACUGCUGGACCUCAUGAGUUGGCCAUCUGCUGAGGCAACCUACAUAAACCUGCAAGCAGAUUAAACAGUGGAAGGGUCUGAGGCAUCAGUCAGGAUAUUUCUGUGCCAGGGCUGUGUCAGCUUCCUGGUGGAGGAGGGAUGCUGAGGGCCACUGUCAGCUCAAUGGAGGAGAGGGACGAGGAGCAGGAGGACGAAGGUGAAGAAGAGUUGAGAGAUGGAGGGGUGCCUUUAUACGUGAACAGAGGAGGCCUCCCGGUGGACAAGGAGACUUGGGAGAGGAUGUGGCGUCAUGUGGCUCGAAUCCAUCCCAAUGGUGAAGCUCUGGCGAAGGACAUCCGGGAUGCCACUGACCUGCCCAAGAUUCCAAUACCAAGUGUGCCUACAUACCAACCUACCACCACUAUCCCACAGCGCCUGGAAGCCAUACAGAAAUACAUCAGGGAAUUGCAGUACAAUCAUACGGGGACACAGUUUUUUGAAAUUAAGAAGAGCCGGCCUCUAACUGCGUUGAUGGACAUCGCUAAGGAGAUGACACGGGAGGCUCUGCCAAUCAAAUGUCUGGAGGCAGUAAUCCUGGGGAUUUACCUCACAAACAACAUGCCAGGUGUGGAGCGCUUCCCUCUCAGCUUUAAGUCUCAGUUCUCAGGGAACCACUUCCACCACAUCGUGCUGGGAGUUCACAGCGGGGGACGUUUUGGUGCCCUGGGCAUGAGCCGGAGAGAGGACCUCAUGUUCAAGCCCCUGGAGUUCCGAACACUGAUGGAAUUGGUGCAGGAAUUUGACGGAGCCUACAAAGGCUGCUGGCACACCCUAUGCAAGGUGAAGAUCGGCCAGUAUGUGUCCCACGACCCUCACAGUGUGGAGCAGAUAGAAUGGAAGCAUUCGAUCCUAGACUUGGACAAGCUGACCAAGGAGGAGCUACGGAAGGAGCUGGAGAGACACACCCGAGACAUGAGGCUGAAGAUAGCAAAACCUGCACCUCCUUCUCCAAUCAAAGACAGGAGAAACAGCAUGGGUUCACCCCUCAGAGUGCCAAGCAGUCCCAUCCGCAGGAUCAGCCGAGUUGAGAGGCGUCCCUCUGGAGAGAAGAAGGUUUUGGAACAGACUCCGUCUGCAGACAUGAGUGGAUACCAGAUUCGAGUCUGAGGAAGGAUUUUGGUUUGAGGUUACAUACACCUGUUUCAUGGGGCAACUAAUUUACUGUAAAGCUUGAUUUAUGGUUCUGUACUGAAUCUACAAAGAGCCUACACCGUAGGCUACGCAAGUGGCCUUUGCCAUUGUGAGCAUUUAUACUUGUGUGCCGGUUGGUGGUGGGGUUUCUAUGCCACCGGGUUACAUUUCUUUGCCACUUACUAACAGUGGCAACUAAAACUGAGUAGGACAUGUUGGAGUUACUUUUACUGAAUUUACUGCAACACAGAUAAGAGAGAAGACCUUGGAGGAGAUGGUCUGUAGUUGUUGUGAUCUGCAUCGCCACAACGUGUAAUUACAUUUCUGGUGAGAUGCAUGUCAGGGUACGAGGCUACACGUUACCUAUGCUGUACCUACAGUGUAGAUUCACUGUAGAAUGCCUAUUCACAGGAUUCAAUGUUGAAAAGGUCACCAGCAACUUAUCCUCCAAAAGCAAAUGUCUCAUUAGGCUUGUAAUUAUUUUGUUUUUGUGAUUUCUGUGCAUAUUAAUUGGUACUGGUAGUUGUCGCAAAUUUUAAAAAGGGGUCAAAAGUGUAAUUAUUUGUAAACAUUCUUCAAUAACUGCAGAGUUUUGCUAACUGUGCACAAUGUGAAAUCUGAUGCUUCCCUGAAGCUGGGCAAGACUACCACUCUGUAAAUGUGCUACUGGAUAAACCUUAGGUUUUUGUUGUGUUAAUGUGUUCAAGAGAAGCUUUGUCUGUAUCAUCAUACUGUAAGUGUGCAAACAGAUAUAAUGUAAUUUUAAAACCACUUAUGCCCUGCUGGGCAGCAAACACUUGUGUCAUUACUAGUUUGCAAACCACUACCCUUGUGCCUUGUAGAAACAAAGAUUUUUAAAUUCAAUUCAUUAUUGUCAUUUCCUCACUAAAAAUCCAGAACCUAGCAUGCUUAGCAUGCUAUAUAUACACCUUACUAAGAUGUUAACUGAAGACGGGAUUGAAUACACAAUCUAGCCUAUAGAAGUAUAUCACAGUACAAGAAGGCAUCCCUUGAGCGAUGAGUCAUACUUUCUGCAAAGUAUACAUUUUUUACACAUGAACCAGGACAAUUAUCAAGUUGACUGAUGGCAACAGACUUGUCUUCAUCUGCAUUUAAUGUAAUGGUAAGUAGGUUUAGAUGUCCUGUAUACUUGCUUUACACAGACUUUGUUUCUAACUUUAAUUUAGAGUAGCUUUAUCCAAUAUUUCACUUACCUUAAGUGGUAUCCAAGCAAUGGACUUCCAUUUAAGCAAAGGUGUAAGUAAGUUUGUUUACAGUACUUUCAUUUGUAUUUUUUUUAGAUUGUAAAUUUUAUCAUUUUAUACUUCUUAAGUGUUGGUGAUUACCAGAAGACCACUUAAUAUUUAAGAUGCACUGUUCUGACUAUGUUGCCACAGCCAACAUUUUUGUGUGUAGAUGUCCAUUUUCAUUUCAGUGUUCUGUAACACACAUUUUGUGCCAGACAACUUGAUUUACAGGAUCACAAUAAAGAGUCACUAUG